AUAUACACACACAUAUAUAUAUAAAACAAAAAAAAAGAAAUUUACUACAAGCUUUUAUUUAUUCUUCGUUAGAGUGUGUCAAUCUGAAGUGAAUAUCGAAUUUGUGAUUUUACGAAAACAAACACACGCAAAUAUUUUUUUCCGAAAAAAAAAAAAAAAUUAAGAAUUUAAAAGCAUAUCUUGUUCAACUCCGUAUAAUACAUAAUAUAGCGAAUAUUUUAUGAAAUAUAUUUUAUGUUGCACUUAUUAUUUUCUAUUAAUUUUUCUCAUACUAUUCUUAUACAUGCUUGUGUUCGAAUUGAACGCAAAUAUGUACCGUGUAAAAAUUGUACAUACAUAUAACUUUUUGCUUGGUAACGAGAAGCGAGAUAUAUAUACAUAUAUAUAUAUACGUUUGAUUUUAAUAUGAUCUUAAUCGUGUAUUUUUUAUCUAUUAUGAUACUCUCUGAUGAUUGUGCAAUAAAAUUGCUUGCACGUUGCCUUUCCACACCGCGUUACAUCGUUACGUAGCACGAUGCCGUUGAAAAAUAUUAAGAGAAGUAUAUGCAAAAACUCCAAAAGUGGGUACUUAAUUUCACAGCCUAAUUAAUAUCAUUAGUCGAACGGUUAAUUAAGGGGCAUAAUAUGGUGAUUAUAAAUGACGCUCUGAUGGCGAGAUCAGUCUACGGAACGGCGAUUCUCUGUAAUGCGCUUCGGUUUGUAAAAUAUCCUCAAAGGAAUGGAGCUUGUUAUCAACAGGUGACGCGAAUAGACAGAAUCGGUUAAAUCGCGAUGGAUACACAAGAUCACAAAAAAAAAAUAAUAUUCGAUUUAUCAAAAAUUAAUUAUUCAAUUUAAUGUUAUGACAGAGAAAAAUAUUGUACAACGCUAUAUAUUAUACCUGUACAAUACUUACAUAUAUACUGUUUUAAAGGUAAUACGUUCUUUCUCUCUUUGUAUAUGUUUCGUGACAGAUUAUCUAUUUUUAGAAAAGUGCAUUUGUGUGUGGGAAGCAGUUUAGAACAAUUAAGACGUGUAAUUAAGCUUGAUUAACAUUUGUGAACUUUUGUUUUUUAUUUAAUUUUGUUACUUUUGUGACAAACGAAAAAAGGAAUCGAAGAACAUACAGACAUUUAUGUUCUUUUAUUUUGAUUUUUUUUUUUUUUAUCGCAAUUUAAUUUAAUUUCUGAAUAUGUAAACGCAUUUUGUUUUUUUUUUUUAUACGAGAAUAGAGCUCGGUUUUAUUUUCGAAGAAAAUUUUUGAGAUACAAUUACAUUCAGCUAAAAAAAAAAACAUUGCGAUCUAUCAAAGAUUUGCGAAAAGACCAAUACAUCAUUAUAGAGGAAACGCAGAAAGGUGUACGCUCUAGUUACUGCGAGAACUUCGUGCAUUCACGGAGAUAACAUGUACGAGCAGAGUUAGUUCCUUUAGUUGUAAUUGGCGUGUAUUAAAAAGCAAUUAAGGUCUCUUUUAUUAAAAAAAAAAAACCUUGAAAAUAUUUAUUUGUAAUAAGAAAUGCAGAAAAAAACUGCUGCCAAAUUUUGGUUUUAUAAUAAUAAUUAUAACAACAACAAAUCUCGUUUGUAGCACUCGUAACUUUUAUAUUGUAUCAUACAAUUUUCAAGAACGAGCCUGUAUCUUAAACUGUUUAUUUUUACGCAUCACAGUAACGCGCUCAAAUUAUUUUUAACAACAAAAUCUAUUAGGUAUUAUAUUUUUGCCGAUAUAAUUAUUGUUACUAAAUAAUAAUAUAGCUUGUGUGUACAAAAGUACAUCGUAUUGAAUAAUUUCAAUUUUCUACAAUGAAAGUAAUCUGUUUGCUUUUUGUCGUGAAAAAAAAAAAAAAAAUCCAUUAGUGUUAAUCCGACGCGUGAGAUUUAUCGGUUCCUGAGGUUUCUGUGUAAAAAAAAAAAAAAAAAACGUGUGCGAAUCCGCGGCGGGAGAAGGGGAGUUUGUAUAUAAAGCAACUCUUCCUUCCGCGAAGAAACUCAAACAGGAUCCAGAAGUCGGUGUAAAAUAUUAGUCUCUUCCGAGUCUCUUCUUUCCGCGCGAUCGUCCUAAUUACUUCGAGAGUCUGUUCAAGCGCGUUCUCACAUUUCGCUAAAUCUAGAUUUCGCUCCGUGAAAUCAUCCGUCACAUUAGAAAAAAAAAAAAAAAUAUUACUUUAAGAAAACAAUAUUAUUUCAAAAUGUGCGACGACGAUGUGGCCGCGUUGGUGAUCGACAAUGGAUCGGGAAUGUGCAAGGCCGGAUUUGCCGGAGACGAUGCUCCACGAGCUGUGUUUCCCUCCAUUGUCGGGAGACCCCGAUAUCAGGGAAUCAUGGUGGGCAUGGGACAGAAGGACAGCUACGUGGGCGACGAGGCGCAGAGCAAACGCGGAGUUCUCACCGUCAAGUAUCCCAUUGAGCACGGCAUAGUCACCAAUUGGGACGAUAUGGAGAAGAUCUGGCAUCACACGUUCUACAACGAGCUCAGAGUCGCACCGGAAGAGCAUCCUGUUCUACUGACAGAAGCGCCUAUGAAUCCUAAGGCUAAUCGCGAGAAAAUGACACAGAUCAUGUUCGAAACGUUCAACACUCCGGCCAUGUACGUCGCUAUCCAGGCUGUUCUGUCCUUAUACGCGUCGGGACGCACUACCGGUAUCGUAUUGGACAGCGGGGAUGGAGUGUCUCACACAGUACCGAUUUACGAAGGAUAUGCCCUGCCUCAUGCGAUCCUGCGUCUGGAUUUGGCCGGCCGCGACUUGACCGAUUACUUGAUGAAGAUUCUAACCGAAAGAGGCUACACUUUUACGACCACCGCCGAGCGCGAGAUCGUGCGCGACAUCAAGGAGAAACUAUGCUACGUGGCUCUGGAUUUUCAGCAUGAAAUGGCGACAGCCGCCGCAUCGACCGCGUUAGAAAAGAGCUACGAAUUACCAGACGGGCAGGUCAUCACCAUUGGCAACGAGCGCUUCCGCUGCCCGGAAGCGAUGUUUCAACCGAGUUUUCUGGGCAUGGAAUCUUGCGGUAUACACGAGACAACGUACAAUUCGAUCAUGAAGUGCGACGUCGACAUUCGCAAAGAUUUGUACGCUAACUCGGUACUCUCGGGCGGCACAACCAUGUAUCCGGGCAUCGCCGAUCGCAUGCAGAAGGAAAUCACAGCACUCGCACCGCCCACGAUGAAGAUCAAAGUGAUCGCGCCGCCUGAGAGAAAGUAUUCGGUCUGGAUCGGCGGCUCGAUUCUUGCAAGUCUAAGCACGUUCCAGCAGAUGUGGAUCUCUAGACAGGAAUACGAUGAACUAGGACCGUUUAUCGUGCACAGAAAGUGCUUUUGAGAAUCUUGAGAAAUAUGCUUUCACAAUGCCAUCGCCAUGAUUAUUUAAUCCUAGUGGAUGUUGUGUGCAAGAGUAAGAGACAAUACUUUUAUCUUUUCAGUAGUAAUUUAUUGUAUUUGUUUUUCUCCUGAGUAAUAAUUCUUGUCACUUUCCGAGAAACAACUUCGUAUUUCUUCACACACACAUACAAGGUUUUUUACUCGCUGAGAUACAACAUAGUUCUCUAUAAGCUAACAAAUAAUUUCUUAUUUUUAAAGUAAAUUGGAUUGAACGAACAUGUCUGGAUUACAAUUCCAAUUCUUGCUUCAAUAUUUAUCUGCGCGCAUGCGAAUUUCGAAGAUACACACAUGAUUUCUUUCCUCUAAGUAUCUCUCGAGGAGAGUUAUAUACAUAUUGGGAUAGAGCCAUCGAUUCGUCUUUUAUUUCUAAAAACGUAUUUGUUUAUUACAUAGCAGAUCGUUUAAGGCAAAUGCGACAUUGUGCGGAGACACAAAGUUCUCCUUUACGGAAACUUUCAUAUACAGCCAGCAACAAAAUUUGUUUUUUUUCUUUUUCUUUCUUUUUCUUUUGACACGUGUGUUGUAUUAGAAAAUAAUUUAUACAUUUCUCUCUCAGACGUAUACAUAGUUUGAUAGGUAUACUUACUACAAUUCAAGAUCAAUAAUAAUUCAUUUUAUAGCUAGAAUGUUACAAUUUAUAAAUGUUACAAUUUAUAAAAUAUUGAAAAUUAAAAUCAAUAGCAUCGAAUGCUGUUUUGUUCAUAAAAUUCUAAGUUUUUUUUUUACGGACGGUUAUAUAUAUAUAUAUAAUACACUAUCUUCCAAUAUUAUGUUAGCGUGUGCUGUAUGCGUGUACAUUGUGACCAGUAUAUAUAUGUAUUGUACACACAUACACUUAUAUUUUUCAUUAAAUAUAUAUUUAUAAAAGAUAGUAUACUAAAAAACUAUUUUCGAAGAAAAAUGUACAUUUCUUUUCCAUUCGCGAAGAUAAAUUAUUACGAGUUAAACGCCUUAGCUCUUAAAAUUUAUGAUACAAUGUGGAUUGAAAUAUGCGAAAUAGUGUUGUCAAAUUAUCAUCUGCGAAUCGAUCUCUUAUAUUCGUAAUACCACAGUCUCUCUGCAAAUAAACUCGGAAUUAUCACAAAUUGUUUCAAAGAUGCUAUUGAGCUCGAUAGUUCUCUUGCAAUAUUAACACAAUUAUACGACAGGUAAAAUAGAAAAUGAUUAACAGGUGAACGACACGAUGAUAACCAUAAUAAAGAUAUUAUGAUUGAGAAAUUUGCACGUAAAAUACACACACGCAAGCACGCACGCACGCACACAUACAUACAUACAUACAUA